UUUCGAUGAAUAUUUUUUCAAUGCUCAAAAAAUCAGAAAAAAAAAAAAAAAAAUCAACUUACAGAAUUUCAGAUAAAAUAGAUUCAAGUUGAUCAAAUUUGAUUGCUCAAAUUCAGAUGUCAAAUUUCAAGUUAAUAUUUUUCAAAGAAAACAUCAGUCUAAUUCGACUGCUCAAAUUCAGAUCAAAAAAUUCAAGUUAAAUAUUCACAUGGUAACAUCCGGGCUACCCAGGAUAGGAAAAACAGUUGAGCGCCUAUCAGAGCGAUCAUGUGCGCAAGGUAUACAGUAGGUGGCGGUAAUACUCCUAAGGAGUGAACGGCCAUGAAACGGAAAGAAGAAGAAGAAGAAGGAGAAGAAGAAGAAGAGCACGACCAUGACCAUGAACACGACGACCUGUCUGUCGUGAUCCAAGAAGUCGAUCGGCACGGAGGAUGUUAAAUCUGUAAAGAUGACUUCCAGGGAAAACGAAGGCGCCCCGGAACGGCUGCUUGACCACAUUUUGGAACGACUCCGCUCUCGUUUAGAGCAUAUUCUUGGACAAUUGCCUCUGGAUUUGGACUACUUAGAGUUCAUUAGCACACAAGAAUUUGUGUUUUUAAAUGCCAUAUCCAGUCAUGUAGCUGUUUCACAGCCUAUUCUAGAUGCCUUGACAGAGCUACAUAGCCUUGUAAAUGUAGAAAAAGAAAAAAGUAAGCAACACUAUAAAACUGUGCAAUUUGAGCAAGGACCAGUUGGACGACCGAGAAUGGUCCUGUCUUUGGAGUACAUUUCCAGCCUUUUGGACCUUAAUCUGUCCGUCCCAUGCAUAGCUGCGCUUUUGGGGGUGUCAAGACGAACAGUCCAUCGACGCAUGGCUGAGUCUGAUCUCUCAGUUAGGGAACUGUACAGCACUCUGACAGAUGAAGAAUUGGACCAGUGUGUGAUAGACAUAAAAUCCAGGCAGCCUCAUUCUGGAUAUCGAAUGGUAAAAGGACUUCUUCAAGCUCAAGGACUGCGGGUGCAGUAUGAACGGGUCAGAGCUUCCAUGCACCGUGUUGACACCAUCGGAGUCAUAUCCCGAAUUACCAACUUAGGUUGCAUUGUUCGAAGAACCUACUCCGUUCCUAGCCCACAGUCCUUGAUGCACAUUGAUACAAAUCAUAAACUAAUCCGCUACAACAUUGUCAUCUUUGGUGGCAUAGAUGGCUUUUCACGGAAGAUUAUGUAUCUUGGUGCAGCUUCCAACAACCUUGCCGCAACAUCCCUGUUAUUCUUCCAAGAAUCUGUGGAGAAGUUUGGUUUCCCUCUUAGGGUACGGGCUGAUCAGGGCGUGGAAAAUGUAGACAUUGCACGCCUCAUGUUUACAGUCCGUGGCACUGGAAGGGGCAGCUUCAUAUCUGGCAAGAGUGUUCACAAUCAACGAAUCGAGAGGCUUUGGAGAGACCUGUGGGUAGCUGUCACAAACAUCUACUAUGAUGUUCUCCACUACCUUGAAGAAGAGGGCUUCCUCAACAUCGCCAAUGCUACACACCUCCUCUGUUGCCAUUAUGUGUUCCUCACGGCUGCAAGAUUCCCUGGACACUUUCCGCAGUGGCUGGGACAAUCAUCCAAUAAGAACAGAAGGCCAUAUGACCCCUAAUCAGCUGUGGGAGCUGGGCCGAAUCCAUCACCCAAUUCAAGGCCCAGAAAAUAUGGAGAGUAUGGAUAUUCCUCACAUUGAGUGGGAAAACAGUGGACUUACUGCUGAUGGCUACUCAAGUGUCAUUGUCCCAGACACAGAAAGCCCACUGACUGAUGGACAAAUGGCAGCUUUAAGAGAGGUUGUUGACCCAAGAGCUGCAUCCCAGUCCUUUGGCUGUGAUAUCUAUGUCGCUGCUGUUCAAUUUUGUGAGCAUGUUCUAUCUGAAAACUGAAAGACACACACAUGCCCCCCUUGUUUCUGUUCUGUUUGAAACUCUUUUUUUUUUUUCCAUAGUGUGUCAGAUCAGGGCAAGCUAACUACCAACAUUUACAAGACAAAUACAUUUUAGGCAUUUCUUGUAAUUUUUUUUUGUUUUAUGAACGGGCCUUUAUACUGUACAGAUGUGAACAACUUAAUUAAACUGGCAAUAAAACCCCUUUGUAAGA